UCAGAUCGCCGAAGCGUCGGACUGCCGUUGGUUUCUGCAACUUCCUGGAUUAUCCUCGCCAAGGACUUUGCAAUAUUUUUUUCCGCCUUUUCUGGAAGGAUUUCGCUGCUUCCCGAAGGUCUUGGACGAGCGCUCUAGGUCUGUGGGAAGCUUUUGGGCUCUCUGGCUCGGAUUUUGCAAUUUCUCCCUGGGGACUGCCGUGGAGCCGCGUCCACUGUGGAUUAUAAUUGCAACAUGACGCUGGAAGAGCUCGUGGCGUGCGACAACGCGGCGCAGAAGAUGCAGACUGUGACCGCCGCGGUGGAGGAGCUUUUGGUGGCCGCUCAGCGCCAGGAUCGCCUCACAGUGGGGGUGUACGAGUCGGCCAAGUUGAUGAAUGUGGACCCAGACAGCGUGGUCCUCUGCCUCUUGGCCAUUGACGAGGAGGAGGAGGAUGACAUCGCCCUGCAAAUCCACUUCACGCUCAUCCAGUCCUUCUGCUGUGACAACGACAUCAACAUCGUGCGGGUGUCGGGCAUGCAGCGCCUGGCGCAGCUCCUGGGAGAGCCGGCCGAGACCCAGGGCACCACCGAGGCCCGAGACCUGCAUUGUCUCCUGGUCACGAACCCUCACACAGACGCCUGGAAGAGCCACGGCUUGGUGGAGGUAGCCAGCUACUGCGAAGAAAGCCGGGGGAACAACCAGUGGGUCCCCUACAUCUCUCUUCAGGAACGCUGAGGCCCUUCCCAGCAGCAGAAUCUGUUGAGUUGCUGCCAAAAACAAAAAAUAAAAUAAAUAUUUGAACCCCCCUCCCCCCCAGCACAACCCCCCCAAAACCACCCAACCCACCAGACCAUGGGGGCAGAGUCGUUGGAGACUGAAGAGGAGGAGGAGGAGAAGGGGAGUGAGCGGCCGCCCCCAGGGCGGAGAUCCGGGAGCUGGAGGCCGCCGAUCCGAUGGAGGAGAAGGGGGGACCCAGGCCAGCAGGAGACAGGACCCCGAAGCUCAGGCCUUGGGAUGGAGCAGAAGCCGGAGUGGUGGGGCACGCUGCCGCCUUCCCCAUCACGGAGGGUCCAGACUCUCCACUCGGGGGUGGAGUGAGACUGACUGCAACCCCCACCCCCCUUGGGACUGGAGCUGGCGUCUGCAGACGAGAGACUUGAUUGAACUUGGUUGGUCCUUGUCUGCACCCUCGACAAGACCACACUUUGGGACUUGGGAGCUAGGGCUGAAGUUGCUCUGUACCCAUGAACUCCCAGUUUGCGAAUUAUAAAGACAAUCUAUUUUGUUACUUGCACUUGUUACUCGAACCACUGAGAGCGAGAUGGGAAGCACAGAUAUCUAUAUUUUUAUUUCUACUAUGAUGGCCUUGUAAUAAAUUUCUAAAGCCUCUG